GUAGGUGACGUUGCGUCACUGUGGACUGAAGCUCAUGCAGCACACGUUACGGCGGAAACGUCAGUCAGUCAGCGAAUUAAUUCAUGAUAAACAGAGGAAACUGCAGUCAAACAGAAUUAAUUGUUUUGAGCGUGUUGGAUUUGUCGUCCCGUUGGCUUUGACUUAAGGUGUCGUCUGAGGUUGGUGCUUUCGGUCACUGGGUCACUUUUUCCGGACACAGCUGUAUUCAGGAAGAUGGAUCCGAAGGACGACGUGAGAAACUCCCUCAGCAGCCCCGUUUGUGUACACAACCCACACCUGGUCUCACUGAAAGAUGACAUCCUCUACCACUUCAGUUUGGGAACUGGAACACACAAUCUACAGGCAAUGUUUGGUGAUGUCAAAUUUGUGUGUGUGGGGGGUAGUCCUUGGAGAAUGAAGUCAUUCAUUAAGUACAUCGCUGCUGAGCUCAAUAUGGAGGACCCCAAAUCAGACUACCCGAAUAUCUGCGCAGGAACAGACCGCUAUGCGAUGUACAAAGUUGGCCCUGUGCUCUCUGUCAGUCAUGGGAUGGGCAUCCCUUCUAUUUCCAUUAUGUUACAUGAGCUAAUAAAGCUCCUCCACCAUGCACGAUGCACAGAUGUGACCAUCAUACGCAUUGGGACAUCAGGUGGAAUAGGGCUCAAGCCUGGCACAGUCGUGGUCACCAGGCAGUCUGUUGAUGCCACCUUCCUGCCCAAGUUUGAGCAAGUGAUCCUGGGUAAGACAGUGGUCCGUAACACAGAUCUGGACCAGUGCUUGGCUAAGGAGCUGUUGCAGUGCAGCAAAGAGCUGAAUUUGUUUGAGACCGUGAUUGGAAAUACUAUGUGUACCCUGGAUUUCUACGAAGGACAGGCCCGUUUGGAUGGCGCUUUCUGCUCCUACACUGAGAAGGAUAAACAGGACUACCUCAAAAGAGCCAAUGAAGCUGGUAUCUGCAAUAUUGAGAUGGAGUCUUCUGUUUUUGCAGCUAUGUGCAAGAUGAGCGGGCUAAGAGCAGCAGUAGUUUGUGUGACACUUCUGGAUCGCCUGAAGGGGGAUCAGCUGAGCAGCUCGAGUGAAGUUCUUCACGAUUACCAACAUCGUCCUCAAGUCCUGGUCGGCUGCUUCAUUAAAAAGCAGCUGAUGUCCAAAACAGCACAUAGCUAAGUGCAACAGCUAUCACAUACAAGCAUACUUUAGAUGAUCAGUACUGUAUCUUAUUUUGAAGCUUAAGAAAAUACUCAAUGCACACAAUAACUCAGUUUUGUCACAUCAGAAUAUGCAAUAAUUUUUUGUUAUUGUUCUACACUUGAAAGAUUUUCCUGUCACAGUGAUAUAAAAGCACUGCUUUUCAUUUUUUAUUAAAAUUCACUUCAACAAGACCUUACUUAAGAAGAAAUAUUUCAUGUACUAGCCAAUCUGUCUUAUUAAAUGGUGCCUCAGAACAAGAACGUUCCUGAUCCAUAACACUUGGACCUCUUCUUGACCUUUGCAAAGUCUAUUCAUUAAAUUAAUUUUGUAUCACACACACUAUUGUUUAUUAAACUCUAAAAGUAUGUAUUACCUGAAACAUUUUUCUAUGCAGAAUGUAUAUUGUGUUUACUUUUCAGACUAGGCAUCCUUUAUGUUUGUAAAAAUUAAUUCAUUGCCAAAAAAACUGCAACAGAAGGUCACUGAUUAUGAGGAUAAACAACCCAGAAUGACUUAUGGAUGUGUAAUAAAGUCUUAGUCAGUCUUA